AUGGCAGAAGACCAGGAAUCGUCUCCAGCAGCAGGCUUGCGCAUCCCAAAAGCAUGCGAGGCCUGUCGAACUCGCAAGGUCAAAUGCAAUGGCGCCAAUCCAUGCAAGACAUGCCAGCAGAGGAACUUGCCAUGCGUCUAUCGCAACUUCGCUCGACAGCGUCGUAAAAAGCAGCAAGAGAGGCGCUUGGCAGACAACCUGACGCUUCCCGAUGUGAGCACUGCACCCGAAUAUGACGCUCGUUCUGGACGGCCGAAGAACUCGGUCAUGUAUGACUUCCACAACAGUGUCUCGGCCACCCAUAUGACAUCCCCUUCAUGUAAAGUGCAGUUAUACUAUGGGCCGACUUCACAUUUCUCUCUAAUGCAGCACAUAUACCGAGAUCUGGUCUCGGCACCACAAGCGGCCCAAUCCUUACCCCAGGGUGAGGUUGAGGAAGCGGGUGCCGGCUUGGAUCUGUUUAGUUUCCGUCGUAUCUUCUUUGGAUCCCCGGCUGAAACCCACGAUUCGACUAGGGCUCUAUCUGCAGCAGAUGCCGCAACGCUGUUCUUGCCGUAUGAUAUAGCCAAGACAUUUCUACAGCGCUAUCUGUCAUCGAUCUAUCAUCUGACCAAGUUUAAGUCAAGGGAGGCCUUUGAACGGCAGCUAGACCAGCUAUAUACUGCAAAUGUUAAUGCGCAUGCUGGCACCAAUGUGGAUCGGCUUUUAGUCUUACUUUCCUUGGCCUGUGGCGCUCUAGGGACGGAGCACCAUGGCUGGGGUGAAUUACUGUUCGAGCGGGUCAAAGCGUCAUCCAAAGACCUCGAUGAUGUAGUAAACCUCCAAACUGUGCAACUCUCAUUGCUCAUGAUAAGUUUCUUCUCCCCAGUUCUAGUGUGGUCGAGCACUGACGGAAUCUGUGUUGUAGCACGCUCAUUACCAGUCUGA